UGUGUGUGGAGAGGGUGUAAAGAAGGAUAUUAAGACUUUUUGCAAAGGAGGGUGGGAGGAGAGAUUCUGAGAAACAGAAAGGAAGAAAGAAAAGAAAAGGGAAUGGAAAGAGAGGGAGAGGAAAUGAGAGAGGAAGGAGGGUGAACUGCUUUGUAGCUGCUAAGAUUGCAGACAGAAAUAGCACACAACCACCGUGAGCUGUGUGCGACUCAGAAACCAAGACCAAAUUGUAUUCACUUUUAUUAAUCAGUUGCUCAGAAAGAAGGAAAUGACAUCUGGUCCUGUCUUCUUCUACAUCUUAAUUUUGGGUAAAUAUUUCCUUCACGGGAGUGGGCAGGAUGUCAAGUGCUCCCUCGGCUAUUUCCCCUGUGGGAAUAUCACCAAGUGCUUGCCGCAGCUUCUUCAUUGCAAUGGUGUGGAUGACUGUGGCAACCAAGCGGAUGAGGACAACUGCGGAGACAACAAUGGAUGGCCUAUACAAUUUGACAAAUACUUUGCCAGUUACUACAAAAUGACUUCCUUGUAUCACUUUGAGACACGAACAUCUGAAUGCCUGGUCGGUUCUGUGCCCGUGCCAUGUCUUUGCCGAGGUUUAGAGGUUGACUGUGAUGAGACCAAUUUACGAGCUGUUCCAUCAGUUUCUUCAAAUGUGACUAAAAUGUCACUUCAGUGGAACUUAAUAAGAAAGCUUCCUCCUGAUGGCUUCAAGAAGUACCAUCACCUUCAGAAGUUGUGCCUGCAAAACAAUAAUAUUAGAUCCAUAUCCAUCUAUGCUUUCAGAGGACUAUACAGUCUUACUAAACUGUAUCUCAGUCAUAACAGAAUAACUUUCUUGAAGCCGGGUGUUUUUGAAGAUCUCCACAGACUAGAAUGGCUGAUAAUUGAAGAUAAUCACCUCAGUCGACUUUCCCCACUAACAUUUUAUGGACUAAAUUCUCUUAUUCUCUUAGCACUGAUGAAUAAUGUCCUCACCCAUUUGCCGGAUAAACCUCUUUGCCAGCACAUGCCAAGACUGCACUGGCUGGACUUUGAAGGCAACCAUAUCCAUAAUUUAAGAAAUUUGACUUUUAUUUCCUGCAGUAAUUUAACUGUUUUGGUAAUGAGGAAAAACAAAAUUAAUCAUCUAAGUGAAAAUACUUUUGCACCUCUACAAAAGCUAGAUGAACUGGAUUUAGGAAGUAAUAAGAUUGAGAAUCUUCCACCGCAAGUAUUUAAGGAUCUGAAGGAGCUCUCACAAUUGAAUCUUUCCUAUAACCCAAUCCAGAAAAUUCAAGCAAAUCAAUUUGAUUAUCUUGUCAAACUCAAGUCUCUCAGCCUAGAAGGAAUUGAAAUUUCAAAUAUCCAACAAAGGAUGUUUAGACCUCUAAUGAAUCUCUCUCACAUAUAUUUUAAGAAAUUCCAAUACUGUGGGUAUGCACCACAUGUUCGCAGCUGUAAACCAAACACUGAUGGGAUCUCAUCUCUCGAGAACCUCUUGGCAAGCAUUAUUCAGAGAGUAUUUGUCUGGGUUGUAUCUGCAGUCACAUGCUUUGGAAACGUCUUUGUCAUUUGUAUGAGACCUUAUAUCAGGUCUGAGAACAGACUGCAUGCCAUGUCAAUCAUUUCUCUCUGCUGUGCUGACUGCCUAAUGGGAAUAUAUUUGUUUGUCAUUGGAGCCUUCGAUCUCAAGUUUCGUGGAGAAUACAACAAGCACGCGCAGCUGUGGAUGGAGAGCAUUCACUGUCAGAUUGUAGGAUCUUUGGCCAUUCUAUCCACAGAAGUAUCAGUGUUACUUCUAACAUUUCUGACACUGGAAAAAUAUAUCUGCAUUGUCUAUCCUUUUAGAUGUUUAAGACCUAAAAAAUGCAGAACAAUUACAGUUCUGAUUCUCAUUUGGAUGACUGGGUUUAUCGUGGCUUUCAUUCCAUUGACCAAUAAGGAAUUUUUCAAAAACUACUAUGGCACCAAUGGCGUGUGCUUCCCUCUUCAUUCAGAAGACACAGAAAGUACUGGAGCUCAGAUUUACUCCGUGGCAAUUUUUCUCGGUAUUAACUUGGCAGCAUUUAUCAUCAUAGUUUUUUCUUAUGGAAGCAUGUUUUAUAGCAUUCAUCAAAGUGCCAUAACAGCAACUGAAAUACGGAAUCAAGUUAAAAAAGAGAUGAUCCUUGCCAAACGGUUUUUCUUUAUUGUAUUUACUGAUGCAUUAUGCUGGAUACCCAUUUUUGUGCUGAAAUUUCUUUCAUUGCUUCAGGUAGAAAUACCAGGUACCAUAACCUCUUGGGUAGUGAUUUUUAUUCUGCCUAUCAACAGUGCUUUGAACCCAAUUCUGUAUACUCUGACCACAAGACCAUUCAAGGAAAUGAUUCAUCAGUUUUGGUAUAACUACAGAAAAAGAAGAUCUAUUGACAGCAAAGGAAGUCAGAAAACAUAUGCUCCGUCUUUCAUCUGGGUGGAAAUGUGGCCGCUGCAGGAGAUGCCACCUGAGUUAAUAAAGCCAGCUCUUUUCACAGACCCCUGUGAAUUGUCACUAAUUUCUCAAUCAACUAGACUCAAUUCCUAUUCAUAACGGACUUUGAAACCCAUUUCUACACAGAGAAUAUUAUGGGAUGCUUCGUGAUGGAUUUAUUAGUAUAAAAUGAAUGCCACAAAAUUAAUAAUUUAU